CCAGCUGGAAACGGAAUUCAUUCGCAGCUGGCUCCCCACUCCGCCAGAGUUAGGCAGCGGCCGCGCCAGGCGCUUUUUCCCAGGAGCGAGCCACGAGCGUUCGCUGGUUCUCCGGCUCCAGAAAAAAUCCGAAGUUAACCACUCCACCAUUGCACCGGCCCCAAACGGCAGAAGGACAGAGAGAGGGGGGUGAAGCUAAGCCUGGCUCUGCUGAGGAGGGAGGAGUGCGCCCCAGCAGUGUGGAAGAAAGUGGAGGGUCGCUAAACUCAGGGUCAGCAGUGGAUUAUCCGAACCGCUCAGUGUCUGGAGGCUGAGGAAUGCGAGAAGAGGACAAGGGCAUGCUCGGCGGCAGCGGCAGCGAUGCGGGCCUGGCCAGCGCCGCGGCGCGGGGACAAGUGGAGAAGGUGCGGCAGCUUCUGGAAGCCGGUGCAGAUCCCAAUGGAGUCAACCGCUUCGGGAGGCGCCCGAUCCAGGUCAUGAUGAUGGGCAGCGCCCACAUGGCGGAGCUGCUAUUGUUCCACGGCGCAGAACCCAACUGCGCUGACCCUGCCACCCUCACCAGACCAGUUCACGACGCGGCCCGGGAGGGCUUCUUAGACACGCUGGUGGCGCUGCACCGGGCAGGGGCACGGCUGGAUGUGCGCGAUGCCUGGGGCCGCCUUCCGGUGGACCUGGCUGAGGAGCGGGGCCACCUCGAAGUCACAGCAUAUCUGCGCGCCGCUGCUGGGGAUUGAUUGCAAGUUCCCCCAGCCGCCCACAACGACUUUUUUACCCCCCAGUACCUUAUCCCCACCUAAUUUAAUGCAGGUUGCAUACGUGGAGCGGCACAAAGCCUGCAAGCCUGUCUGAGCAACUCCACUUCCCAGAAGAAGGAGGAGCCAACCCGGAAUAAGUUCAUAUACGUUUUUUUUUUUUAAAUCUGGAUCCUACCGUACACUCACCGUGAAGCCAAACGCAGAAGCGUGGGGCAAAUGGAUCACAGAGAUUUAGGAGAGUCUGAAGUUCCAGGUGUUCUUUACUCUUUAGGAUUUCCUGAUGGAAAGUGCAUGUAAAAAUCUUCAAGGACCUCGGGUUCCUCUGAAUCUUCCAAUGGAUGACUCUGGGAUCAGAGCUGGAGGUGACAGGGAUUUGCGUUUGCGCACGCGUCAGUGGGUACAAUUGCCCCACAGACCUGGGAAGAGACUCCUUUGAACCCCAGAUACGGGUGGUAGGACCCUGGAGGAUAUACCCCAAACUAGAAAACUGAAGACCAAAGGAGCAGAUUUGAGGUGUGCAGGGGUCAAUGUAUUUUUGCACUGUGCAUUGCAUGUCAAGUCAUGUGCAAAACGGAAGCCCGGGGGAUUCACGCCCAGCUCCACCAGAGAUGGAGAGAGAAAAGAGGACAUGGGAACGAUGGUAGAUCUGCCCCAUAUUUUAAAAUCCCUAGAUCAGGAUGAUGUAAAGGUGCUGGCUCUUUCUAUUAUUCCAUGAGGUGUGGUUGCCUGUUGCGUUCUGAAUAUGGACAGAUUGAAACAGCGCAGGGAAUUAAGUGAUGGAUUGUAGUGAGAGCAACAAUAGCGGUUGACUGUAACUGUUUGCUUCAUGUACAUACCAUAGGAUACAGAAAUCCCCCUAUGAAUUGUCACUUGAAAAUAUUAGGAGAUGAUUUGUACUUCUGAGGUGUUGUGUAGUAACAAAGUAACUUCUGGUCCUCAAUAAAGUGGUGAGGCGGAACUAGCUUUUUAAUGAAGCUGUGGCACUGUGACAAACUCAGUGCCAGUUUCUAGAUUGCUUUCAUCCUUCCUAUUUAUUCUUUGUUUAAAUUGUCUAAUUGUUUUCUUUAUAAAGUGUCUCAGGGGAAAUAUUCCAAAUGUCUUUUAGAAGAUAGAUGCACUUAUCUAGUAAAUUAUCUUGGGAUAUUUCCCAAAAGGUAGCUGAAAAAAUAGAUUAGGAAACUGUUGAAAAUACAUAAUGAUGGCUUGUGGGAUGUCUUAAUAUCUGCUGAUCAAACAGUGCACUGCUUUGAGAUUUAAUUUCCAAUGUUGCCUAACCCAUUAUAGCAUUAAACAACUGAUAAUUCACUGUUUUAGUGAAGAAUAAACACUGACUGAACUCCAAGACAUGAAUGAUUUGGUUUAAAAAUGCAUUUCCACGGACUUACCACUUCUGAGAAAUGAAGGUUCAAAAGGAUUCAUUUUUCCCCUUUGUAAAAUAAUUGUUGAUGAUUCUAACAAUAAAUACUGCUUACAUAUACCGUA